AAGCCAAUCAUUUUUGCUCCAUUCUCGGUAUCCAUGGCUUCUGGGCCUACCUUCUACGGUUUGCCGGACCCAUGGAGCUUGGAGGCUCUACCAGGUUCUCCGCCUCGUUCGCCUCCUUCCGUGGCCAACGCUUAGAGCGCCGCGUGGCGCUCGUGAGCACCGAACAGGAGCUCUCAUCAGCCACAUGCUGGGUGUUGGAGUUGCUAGGCAGCUCGGCGCGGAGCUUUUCCUCGGCGGAGGAGCUUUUGGCCUCAAAGGAAGCCUUUGACCUCGCACUUUGUGAUUUGGAUUUGGCCCCGCCCUUGCUGGAAGCCGCUUCGGACGCCGUGCCCAGCGUGGUGCUCAUGUGCCCGAAGCGCAUGGAUAAACGCCUGGUGAGCGCUUGCAUUGAGAAGGGCGCCAAAGGCUACGUCUCAAAGCCUCUUCGAGUUCAGGCCAUUCGGGGCGUCUUGCUGCGCUACGCGGAUUCGGAGGCGUCCCCCUCGUCGCCCAGCGGGAAGAGCGCCAGCUACGAGCGGGUGCGUUCUUUGGGGUCCGGCUCCUGCGGUGAGGUCUCCUUGGUCCGUCGCGCCAAAGAUGGACGGUGCUUUGCUUUAAAGGAAGUGCCCAUUGGCUUUCUGGGAGCUGCGGAACAAAGGAGAGUCCUGGAAGAGUUGCGGCUCCACAAGGCCUUUGAUUGUCCCUGCGUGGUCCGGUACUUUACUUCCUGGAUGCAGGAUGAUACUGCUUGCUUGUUGUUGGAGUAUGUGGAGAACGGCUCCUUGGCGGCUGAAGUGCAGAGGUGCCGCGCAGAGGAACGCCAGAUCCCCGACACGUCCAUCAUCGACUGGGCAAGCCAGAUCCUACUCGGUCUCUUGUACCUACACCGAAAAGAGGUGGUGCACCGCGACUUGAAGACUGAGAACCUGCUGGGUCCCUCGGAGGGCCGUGUGAAGAUUGCAGACUUUGGCAUCUCCAAGCGUCUCAGUGGUGCCACUUUGGCUAGGUCCUUGGUGGGCACGUUGGAGGUCAUGGCCCCCGAGCGGGUGAAAGCGCUCAAAGGCCUGGCGGCAGGCGAGGAGAGCCCCAGCGAGUACGGUCCGGAAAGUGACCUGUGGUCCUUGGGUGUUGUCCUCUAUGAGCUGGCGACGCUGCGGGCACCCUUCGAGGGGGAUGCCGGCGCUGACCUGGGUGCACAGGAGCGGCAGCGGCGGCUCAUCGAUCGGAUCUGCCACGAGAAGCCCACGCCAAAAACACCCAGCGGUCGGCAACAGCGGUCGGGCCAUGUGGAAAAUCUGACAAUUCAAUGCACCAGGGAGCUCUGAAACCCGGUAGCCCCCGGUAUAUCCAGGAACCCCAGGUUUCAGUGCCUUUUUUUGUUGCAGUGGGUGUGGCCAGACUAUUUCCCCAUCCAGCUUCAUACAUCAGAGGGGGUCUGUGGAUUUUUAGGGUUGGACCUUUGGACGAAAUUGGUUUCAUUCCAUGAAUUUAUCCUAAUUGAGGGCUGAUUUGCGCGGUCUACAGGUUCCUUGCUUUCAAAUUGCGGCGAGGUUGUUUCACUGCAAUAAGGGUUCUAGUUGAUUGUGAGUCCCCGGGUUUACCAGAACAUGUGUUGGGCAGUGAUUUCGGUGGUACACAGUUUGUUUGUGCUCUUUCUCAUGAAGCAUUUUGCUGCAAAUGCUAUACCUUCUUCCCGACCACAAACAAUGGAACCAGGCGAUUGUGAAGGGGCAGCUCGCUGGAAAAGAGCUGGAGAGGUACAGAGAAGCGGUGUCUCCUUCCUGGUUCGAUGAGAUAUUCAAAAAAAAACAUGGACACCUACAAAAAAUAUGACAUGGCAGGGUAAUUUGGAAUUGCAAUGUUAGGCACGACAAUGUCUUGCCAGGAGUCAAGUUCGCUUUUGGCUUCUUGAGUCACCCACACGGUGACUGUGAUUCUGUGGUGACAUGUUUCUUUUGGGCUCCCUUCCGGUCCCUUCCCCCCGUAGAGAAGGCACGAGGAUCCAUUGGUACCCCAUGGAAUUUGGCUUCCCACGUGUGUGCCAUACUCUUCAGUCGUGACCACGGGGCGGGGCCGGUGGGGUGGGGGAGACGGGAGAAGGACCAUGUCGUAGUUGCAACACAAGUGAAGAAACCGGAAGCACUGUCCAGUGAGGCAACAUAUGUCAGGACCUGAAACAUUUAACCAGGUCCUUUAGAGAUUGUGUUUGUUUUCUCACAUGUCGCUUCACAUGUCGCUUCACAUGUCGCUUCACAUGCUACAAUCUUGCGCCUUCCACGUUGAGUGUUUUGGGUUGCUCUAGGGGGACCGGUUUGGUGUUAGCAAGAAGCUACUAGUAACGAGGGCAUCGCUACUAGUAACAACAGCUUGAGUCUGUGUAUCCUGCUGUGUAUCCUGCUGCUUUGGAUUCGUUUGUGACUGGAUCUUUCGGCCGACCGGUACCAAGCGAGGGUGGCUCAUCCAGGGCUCACCAACCAUCUGUGUACAGCCGUGCGCCGAAGAAUUUGGAUGGACAGACCUGACUCAAAGACACAGCUUGGCUGAGAUAAAGAAUGAUGAGGCGCGUUUAUUCGCGCACAUGUACGAGCAAACGGCCGUUUCCGAACGGCCUUGGAGAGCCUUGUUUGGAAAAAUGCUGAGUGCUUGAGCUUGACCUAUGUGUUGUGUUUUUGGUCACAGGUGCUGGGCACAUGAGGCGCCUGAUGUGUUGGCGCCCUUUCUUUGAUGCCAAGAUGGAAGUCUUGGCCAGAAAGGUCACCUCAGUUGCUCUUUGAGAAGCUUCACUAGUUGACAGGUUAUGCCUAUGAGGAACUUAGCGAGAGUUUGAAGCUGGUGUGGAACUUUAUGCAGGAUGUUAUCUCCAACAUCAGGUCGCAGCCAAGUAUGCCGGCCUUGCCAAACUCACUAGGUGCCAAAAGAAGGAAGGAGCAUCAAAAUUGAGAGACAAAGGUGGAUGAAGGGUUUUGGUCCAGUGUCUCUGGAACUUUGGAUGCAUUGCACACACCAUUCUUGCCCUUGGCGCAAUAGCAAAAAACAUAUAAAAGCUCAACUGCAGUCUUGAGAAGACUGGUGAGAUGGUUUUAAGUGCACAAGGAUCUGAGCUGAAAUCCACAGAGACCUGCUGUCAAAUCCACAGAGACCUGAUUCAUCAGAGGUUAUCAGCGGUUUGCCAGACCUCUUUUUCCUGACAGUCAUAAAAGGCAUUUUGUUGGUGACCAGCUCAAUCCACAAAGGAAAUCCUGCUGGAAAGGAACAGGAUUUGAUGGAGCUCACUCUUGGAUGUGAGGUUUGGAGAAAGCAUUCCCUUUAGCAGGUCUGGGCAUAAUUCCCGUAAAACCCAAUUGCAUAAUAAAGAUCCUUAAAGCAACACAUAAUAGUCUAUGUUGAAAUAGAUAUGUUUCUAUGUUGAAAUCGUCUUUAGGCACAAAAAGAGUCUCUAGAAUUAGAUGUCAAGUUUAGAUAGUAGUUAGAACCGAAGAUAUUGAAUAGGAAUUGGAUGUUAGUUAGGAAAUAGUCCAGUCGGGGCUUAAGGGUGGUACCCUACAGCAUUUGACAGGGAGGCCAGGCCCUGUGGGCUGAGUGGCAAUCAUUUGCAAACUGUUUCAGGAGCUGAAUACUUGGCCAAUACUUGCUAAGUAAUGUUCAACAGACCACAAAGUAUUUGGUGCCAACAACCUUGGCAAUACUGGCUUGCAUUUGACUCACGACCACAAAGUACCUGAAACCAGUGACCUUUUGAUUCCAUGUAUUGUGGAAACGAUGGAGCCGGAUGAACUGGUGACAAAACUGGACAAAUUGGGAUACAUCGACGCUCGCAUCGAUUGAGGCCUCUUCCCUUCUCACGCGCGGCAGUGCUGCAUAAGGUUGUCAUUGGCGGCCUUCUACACAAAGAGCCCUCCCAGCGGCCAACAGCAGGAGAGCUUUGCCAGGAUCCAGACUUAGGGCGAUCGAUCCAUCACUUCCUGAAGAAAGAGAAGCUCUUGGAGCAUCCAUCCAUUUUGGAGAUCCUGGAUGUCUUGCCCAACAUCGAUCAAGAAGGAAGCUUCAUCAACAGCUGCUGGGCAGCAGGAUCAACCCUGUCCCACCUGGCACUUUGGAACUGACCCAAAACCCCGCUGUCCACCAAAUCAAGAAAAAAUUAGAAGAAUAAUUGUGAAACAAGAGGAUUACCAGCAUAUAAUAGC